AUGUCCUCCCGGGCUCGGAGCCCCAUUGUUGGGUUUUGCGGGAUGCUGUGCGUCUGGGUUGCCUGGCUCUCAGGCUGCGGGGCGGUGUUGUCUCCAAACGGGACCAUAUUUGAGGACCACUGCAAGAAAACCUCGACCUGUGAGGCUCUGAAAUACAACACAUGUCUGGGGUCGCCUCUGCCGUACACACACACUUCUCUGGUCCUGGCCGAGGACUCCAGCACCCAAGAAGAGGCUUUUGAGAAGCUGGCCAUGUGGUCCGGUCUGCGUAACGCUCCUCGCUGCUGGACGGUCAUCCAGCCGCUGCUCUGUGCCGUCUACAUGCCCAAAUGUGAGAACGGUCGAGUGGAGCUGCCCAGUAAGAGCCUGUGUCUGGCCACACGCCGGCCCUGCAGCAUCGUGGACCAGGAGAGGGGCUGGCCCAGCUUCCUCACCUGUGACAAGUUCCCAGUGGGCUGCUCGAACGAGGUGCAGAAGCUGAAGUUCAACAUGUCGAGCCGCUGUGAAGCCCCCCUGGUGAAGACGGACAUCCAGUCCAGCUGGUACAAGGACGUGGAGGGCUGCGGGAUCCAGUGUGACAACCCCCUGUUCACCGAGGAGGAGCACAACGACAUGCACGCUUACAUCGCAUACUUCGGCACCAUCACCCUCCUCUGCACCUUCUUCACCCUGCUCACGUUUCUUGCCGACUGGAAGAACUCCAACCGUUACCCAGCCGUCAUUCUGUUCUACAUCAACGCCUGCUUCUUUGUGGGCAGUAUCGGCUGGCUGGCCCAGUUCCUGGAUGGAGCGCGGGAAGAGAUUGUGUGCAAGAGCGACAACACCAUGCGCCUCGGGGAGCCCUCGUCUUCAGAGACGCUGUCCUGUGUCACCAUCUUCAUCAUUGUGUACUACUCCCUGAUGUCGGGUGUGAUUUGGUUCGUCAUGCUGACCUAUGCCUGGCACACGUCCUUCAAAGCCCUGGGCACCACCCAGCAGCCGCUGUCCGGCAGAACCUCCUACUUCCACAUGGUCACCUGGUCGGUCCCCUUCAUCCUCACUGUGGCCAUCCUGGCUAUCGCUGAGGUGGAUGGAGACUCGGUGAGUGGGAUCUGUUUUGUAGGCUACAAAAACUACAAAUACCGCGCUGGGUUUGUGCUGGCCCCCAUUGGAGUUGUGCUUGUUGUCGGCGGUUACUUCCUUAUUCGGGGUGUCAUGACUUUGUUUUCCAUUAAGAGUAACCACCCAGGACUGCUGAGUGAGAAAGCUGCCAGCAAAAUCAACGAGACGAUGCUGAGGCUGGGUAUAUUUGGAUUCCUGGCUUUUGGCUUUGUUUUCAUCACCUUCGGCUGCCACUUCUACGAUUUCUUUAACCAGGCUGAAUGGGAGAGGAGCUUUAGAGAAUAUGUGCUGUGUGAAGCCAACGUGACAAUCGCCUCUCAGACCAACAAGCCCAUCCCAGAAUGCACCAUUAAGAACCGGCCCAGCCUGAUGGUGGAGAAAAUCAACCUGUUCGCCAUGUUUGGGACGGGAAUCGCUAUGAGUACCUGGGUCUGGACCAAGGCCACCAUCCUCAUCUGGAAACGGACCUGGUUCAAGAUCCUUGGCCGCAGUGACGAUGAACCCAAGAGGAUCAAGAAGAGCAAGAUGAUCGCCAAGGCCUUUGCUCUGAGGAAGGAGCUCCACAAGGACCCCGAGAAGGAGCUGUCCUUCAGCAUGCACACCGUGUCCCAUGAAGGACCCGUGGCUGGAAUCAAUUUUGAGCUAAAUGAGCCGUCAAACGACAUGUCAUCAGCUUGGGCGCAGCAUGUGACCAAGAUGGUGGCCAGGCGAGGGGCCAUCCUGCCUCAGGACAUCUCUGUCACUCCCACUGGCACCCCGGUGCCGCCUCCGGACGAGAGGAACCGGCUGUGGAUGGUGGAGGCUGAGAUUUCACCUGAGAUGAUAAAAAGGAAAAAGAAGAAGAAGAAGAGGAGGAAGGAGGUGCGCCCGGCGGAGGAGGCGGUGGACCCCCAGGCCUAUCAGCAGCGUGAGUUUGGGCGCAGCUCCGUGCCUCGCCUGCCCAAACUGCCCUGCCACCCCAGCCUGGUGGCCAACCUGCGGGAGCACCAGAGGAUGGAGGAGGAGGUCCUGCCAGGGUCCUACCCAGACCCCCUGUACUAUGAGGAGAGGUCCCCCUACCAGCCCUACCGGAGCUGUCGGAACAACUAUGGCCGCAGCCUGCUCUCCAACCCUCUGACCUUCGACGACCGCCCGGAGGAUCUGGGUCUCGGCCCGCGCUGCACCCCCUCAGUCUCCACCUGGCAGCCUAGUGGACCCUCCCGUUACCCCGGAGACAUGGAUCUCACAGACGGGCUGUCGGAGAGGUUGGCCCACGUGGCUCGGGUACCGGGGGGCCGAAGGGUCAGCUACGGACCCAUUCACUCCAGAACUAAUUUAAUGGAGGCGGAGCUUAUGGAUGCUGACUCUGACUUCUGAGAGCUUUGUGGUACACAGACAAGUAAUCUUCACAAAGUGCUGGAUACUUUAAACUCCUUACUAAAGUGCACCUAAUCCCCAGAGGUGGAACUAAGCCGUCAGUUAUUUCUUACUUCAUCUUUCUUUUUAGAAGACAAAGGGAAAAGUGAAAAUAUGUUGUGAAUAAGUUAAUGAAAAGAUUAUUUUUUAUACUUUAUGUUUGUCCAAUGAAAUUUCAAAAGCAACUCCGUGAUGACAAGGCGAGUGAGGCAGCUAAACUUUAUGUGGCUUGAAACAUUUUGUUCUGAAACUGGUACCAGACAGCGCUGUCUGUGACCACAUGAACCCGGGCAGGGGGCAACUCACUGUUGGAUUUACCAGUGAGGACAUUUGGAGAUAAAGGCAUUGGAUACAACUUUUGAAAGUCUACCCUUUGAUGGUGUUAUAAUCAUUUCUACUGCCCAAGGGAGGGCAGUAAAACCGCACUCAUACAGAAGACCAUACAGGUAAUACAUGCUACAGGAUACUUGCAAAUACUGUUAACCAAGGUCUUCUUUUGUGCUACAUUUGUAUUAUCUUAAAUCUUUUCUCUUUCCACCACUAUUUAGCCAUUAAAUGCUUGUGUUCGUGUGCAGUUCAUUUGAGGUACUAACAUAUAUCUCCCUUUCCCUGUUAAUACUAAUAUCACUAAAAUGACAUACACACACUCACACAGAAGCCAUGAGUACUGAAAUAAAUGAUUAAAUGUGUAUAAGAUGUGACAUUUAGGGCGCACAGAUUCACAUUGUGAAGAUAAACUUCCUCCAUUGAACUAACAUCUGCAAAGUUACAUGAUUUAGUUUUAAUAAUAAUUUAAAAUGUAACCAGAUAGCAGACAUUAAGUUACUGAGCUAAAAUAUCAACAUAUUAUUUGUAGAUGCUCUGUUGCCUGGUGCAAUAAACCAACAUUAGCUUAUUUUAUUUACCUGAAUGGAAUGGCUGACUUUUUCUCAAUGAGUCCUUCUUGUAUAUUUCACUUAAAGUGUUAUUUUGUUUCACUACAGUAUUUUUACUUGAGUUAAUCUGUUGUACAUACUUAAUAUAAACUGGGCUUCACAACUGUGCCACUUUCUUUAGCUCAGUUGAAAAUCUUUCAUGUGAAUUAUUUUAGACUACACAGGGCUUAGGAGACACGUAUUUCUCCUGAAUGCUUCUUUUUUUCAGCGUCUCUCUUUCUAAAUGUGUGUUCUGUAAAUAGGCUGUUCAUAGAUUUCGCAAUAAGGGUAUUAUUUGUACAGAUUGAUGUAUCCGAUCACUUGAUUACUCUGCUGAUAUGGUAAAUAAAAAGGGAAGAGUAUGCUAUAAAAAUAUGUCACUGUACUUGCUGUAACCAAAACUUCACUUAGUUUUACACUCAAUAUGGAUACAUGAUGCUAAAGUAGACAGUGGUAGCUGGUGCUAAAUAGUUUGUCUAAUGUAAUGUCUAGUUGUUCAUGUAAGAUGUGUAUGUUAGAGAAUUAUUUAUGUCAUCAGUAGAUACCAUACUGCUAUGAAUUAGACGAUAUAGGGAGUUUGGCAACAAAAUGAAGCACAGCUGAUGUCCACCUAAAAAGAGAAAAGAUUGGUAAUGUUUAAAUAAAGAUCAGUUUGGAAAUUAUGUUUUAUGCCUUGAAAGAUUUGGUUUUGGUAAGCUGUCAAGAAGACGUAGGCCUCGUGUUUAUUCUUGUUUAGUUUCCCAACUCUGUGUAAAAAGGUACUGUCAGUUUGUGCAGCUGUACGUUUCUGUUUUGAUAUGUAAAUAAAAGUAACCCUACACUCA